AUGGCGGCCCUGGCUUGGCUGCGAGAGGUGAAGAGGGAAAGGCCAGUCAGCGGCCAGGAAGUGGACCAGCAUCAACGAAUCGUCCAACUGGUGCAGCAUCUCCUGCGUGUCGAGAACCGGCCCAUUACGCCCCUCAUCUACGAGUGCAUGAUGGACGCCAUGGCUGAUCCUCGUGGCUCCGUCGACGGCUUGCGGAGGCUGCUGGACGACAUGGUCGAGCAGGGGAUGAAGCCGACGGCGGAAUUCUGCAACGGCGCCUUGAGAGCGCUGAUGAACCAUCCGGACUACGUCAUGCGAAUGGAGAUUCUCGGCAUCAUGCAAGAGUACUGGUUCACCAUCGACACGCCGGUGAAGCAGACGGUGGUGGUGGGACUGCUGCGGGACGAGCAGUAUGAGCUGGCGUACGCAAGGCUCACGGAGAUGAUUGAGCAAGGGGCCAAGCUCGACACGUGGGUGUACGACAUCUUCAUCCUGGUGUUUGGGAGGCACGGGUUCCUGGACGAAAUGCUGCAGCUUCUCUAUCGACGAAAAAAUAUUGGCGGCGGCAGCAGCAACGAUCCGAUUGUCAUCAGCUUGGCAUACUACGCCCUGGACGUGUGCAGCCAGGCAUAUCACCAUGCGGGCACCCUCUUUGGCUGGCUGUCGGUGGUGCAGAACCACCUGGUGCAGCCGGCGGACGGCAUCCUUGAGAAUGUGCUCGGGACGGCGGCCAGGAACGCAGAUGCCCGGCUCGCAUCGGAAGCGCUGGCCAUCAUAUCAGAGCGCAUGAGGGCCCAAUCGCACCACUACGAGGCCGUUGUCGAGGCGUUUGUCGGCAGCGGCGACCUGGCAGCAGCCAUUCGAACGCUCUGCAUCAUGGAAGACGGCGGUUUGCGAAUCGGACGCAGCCAGACCAGGAGGCUGCAUGCGAUACUCAGGAGCCGCUCGGAGCUCCUGGACGGCGCCGAGGCGGCGGUGCGGGAGGCGGCUGGAGCACGCCCUGUGCCUCGCGCGGCCGCGGCCGCCAUCAUCGAGGCGCUGGCCCAGACUCACGGCAGCGCGAGGGCCCUGCCUCUGUACCGGGAUCUGCCCAAACUCUGCGGCGUGGAGCCGCCCAACGCGAGGAUGAUACAGACUCUAGUCAUCCAUAGCGCUGACGAGGCGACGGCCAAGUUCUUUGCCAAGGAGUACGCAGAUCAGAUUUCAGAAAGCGAGGACCCGAAGCAGACGAAUUUGUCAUUGAGCGCCUUGAUUACAAAGUGCGCAGAGGCCGGCGAGAUGGAUCUCGCUUUCCGGUUCACGAAGCAGGCCCUGGCCGGCGGAAUUACGAGGAGCAGUCGGUUGUCGCCGCGAUGGAUCUACGUGCUGGUUGAGCAGGCGAUGGCCAGGGAGGACGGACGGGUGUGGCCCGUGGUGGACGAGCUGUUGAGCACGGGGAACGAGGACAUGACGAGGACUGUGCGCAGGAUGCUGCAGCAGAAGAGGAUUUCGAAGCUAGCCUCGCAGUGGAAGGCAGGGACGUCGAUGACGGCGCCUUGA